GGGAGGGCGGAGGCGGAUGUGGGAGGGAACCGACGUUCUGGCCCAGCCGCCCGUUUCUGUGGUUCCCGGCAGUUGAAACCGGAAGGAGGUGGAGAGGCGCUCAGGUCGAGGGAGGAGGGCGGUGGCGGCAGCGGCCUCAGAUGGGUCUGCGCCUUUCCGCUUGGCUCCGUCUGCGGGCGCCUCCUGAGCAUGUGCAGAGCCCAAGUUGACCCCGAGUUCAGGCCGUGGAGGGGCCCGAGGCGGGGCUUCUCCGCCGCCUUCUUACUGGGAGAGAGCCUUGUUUUGCUUCCGCGUCAGACGUGGCCUCUUCACCCUCUUGCCCUCCUGACCAGCUCCUGACCCGGUUCCUCGGAGAGUCCUUUAUCUCUCUCCUCCUCCCUCUCGGAUGUCUUCACUCAUACCGCUCUCUAAGCCAAUUUUAUUUUUAUUUUUUUGAUAUAUAUAACGUCUUGGAAGUUCUUUCAUGGGCUCAGAGGGAAGGAGGGUGGGAUGACUAAUAAAUAAGGUUUCGAGUCAGAAAACCCAACAUUUUCCUCUGCAAAUUGCUCUACAGGAAACCCCUAAACUGCUUUCCUUGCGUCCCUGGAGUCUUUGCCUGGAAUGGCAGAAGAUCAGGAGCUGGCCAAGCCAGCCAAGACUCUCCCGGAGCCCUUGGCCAAGGGGGGCUCCGGCAACACCUACCGUAGUACGCAACACUCCCAGGCUUUACUGAAUGGCUUGGUGGCUCUCCGGGACAGCGGCAUCCUCUUUGACGUUAUCCUGCGUGUGGAGGGGAAGCCAAUCGAGGCUCAUCGGAUCCUCUUGGCGGCGUCAUGCGAUUACUUCAGGUCUGUCUGGAAUGGAACCGAAACGGUAUAUUAUGCAUGAACUGGAAAUGUUUACGUUUAGUUCUGAAACUUAUGCACAAAUUGGUUGUGGUACUCUUCAGUAAAAUCUUAGCACAUUGUGGAGGCUGAACAUCUGUGCCUCACAGUGGCCACCCAGAUGCCCUAGGGAAGCCUACAAACAGGGUGUGAAUGCCACAGCAGCACUCUGCCCUCCUGUGGUUUACAGCUACUGGUAUUCAGAAGCAUGACUGCUUCCAACUGAUGAGGUUUAAUGGGAAAUUGGUGCAGAGUAGAAAUAAAAUAAAAUAAAUGUCAACAUUAGGGUGGUUCAGAGUAGAAAGCUAGGCAAUAACCUGUGGAAAGAAGGGUCAAUAGAGCAAGACCAAAAACUGCUCCCACAUCAACUGAGUCAUUGCAUUGCUCAUAGAAUUAUAGAGUUGGAAGGAACCCAAAGGUCAUCUAGUCCAACCCCUGCAAUUCAGGAACCUCAGCUAAGAUGCCCUCAUUCCCCAGUUAGGAUCUCUCCUCAUAUAGUUGCACCCCAACUCCCAUAGGCUCCUACCUCGUUGCCAGUGGUUGGGGAAGAUGGGUGGGCACUGAGUUGGAGAAGGCUGGCAUAUAUAUUGGUCUUCAGUAAUGGUGGUGAUAUGGAACCCACAAACAUUUCCCUUAUGCAGCUGAGGUGAACCUCCAUGAACAGAAGAGCAGGUCCCACACAUUCACACCUGUCCCAACAGCUCCUGCCUAACACCUGUGCCUAUACCAGUCCACUUUUAAACCAGCCAGCUAGUGGGAUGAAUAAGGCUGAAAUGUACCACGCAGGUCUGAUGACCCACAGUACAUAGGAAGCUGCCUUCUAUGAGCCAGACUAUUCGUCUGUCUACCUCAGUGUUGGCUACGCUGGCUGGCAGAGGUCAGGGUUUCAAGCAGGGAUCUCUCCUAGCCCUUCCUGGAGAUGCUGCUGGGGGUUGAACCUAGGACCUUCUGCAUGCAGAACAGAUGCUCCAACACUGAGCCACGGCUAUUCCCCAGUCAUUGACAUUGGUCCAGCCAGCCUCUUACCCUGACCUGCUUCUUGUGUGGCUGCUAUGAAGUGUAAGUGGAGUAUCUCUGUGCAAGGCGCUUAAGUUCCUUGGAGGAAGGAGUACAGCAUAGAAAUGGGAUCAGUAAUUGCCCCCAUACACGACCUGGAAGCCCUGAGCAGGUUCCUUUCUGGAAGCAUGACUGAAAGCAGCUCUUUCCUUUAAUAGGGGGAUGUUUGCUGGCGGACUAAGAGAAAUGGAACAGGAAGAGGUCCACAUUCAGGGUGUGUCUUAUAACGCCAUGUGUCAAAUCCUGAACUUCAUAUAUACUUCGGAACUGGAGCUUGGCCUCAGCAAUGUGCAGGAAAUACUGACUGCCGCCUGCCAGCUUCAGGUGAGAGAGUUGGCAGUUCUGAAAGGCUUGUUGGGGAAGGAACAUGGCAAAGCCCAAAUUCCUUUAUGGCAGGCUUUGUGUGUGGUGGAUUGGUCAGAGGUGCCUCUCCACCCAGCUCUCUGGGCCUCUGGUGGUGGCAGCCCAUAACAGCACAUGCUGGGAAUGGGGGAAAGCUGAGCUGGUCCCACUGCCCUCACUGGAGCAUCACAGGGCCUCAUCUGGGUCUGGCUGCUGCACCUGCUUUAAGCUACCACAGCUGCUUACCUUACAUCUUGGCUAGUAUGAGCAGUAGGGCUGCAGAUCGGUCCUGGCUCUGCUGCUCUGUUAAGCACCACCACUGCCCAGAUGGGGGUUGGAUUGCAGCCCAGCCCUUUGCACUUAUUAAAUAGUAGGAGCGUUGGUACCCCACUCUUCAUCCGAAAGGGCUCUCAGAGUGUCUUACAUACAGUCAAACCCAUUCAGGCUUACAGCCUAAAAAAACACAGAACACAAGGGGAAAAGGACAGGGAGGGAAGAGGAGAAUAAAAACAAAAACUCAGGCACCAAUUUAUACACAGUUAUUCCUAUAUUGACCAGCUGGCACAGUUCAGGGGCAGGAUGUGCCUGGUGGAGGUGGGCCCUGUUUCCUACAGGUGAGCCCUGUUUCCUGCCUCUCCUACUGAGGCAGCCUGAUGGAAUGGCUGCCCCGAGGGAACAGUUGAAGGGAGAGGAGCGGCAGAGCCCAUGGAGUGAGCUCUGCUUCCCAGCUCUCCCACUUCUGCUCUUGCAGCCAGCAUUGCCACAGAGGCUCCCAGCUACGAGGGUUUGCUUGACCCUGUUGCUAUAGCUGCCCUUUGAUCUAGAGACUGGUUUGCUCUCCUUUUCCUACACGUUUGUGCCAUGACCCUGGCUCAGCCUCCAUCACCUUGGAAUUUUAAAAAUGUUUCCACUCGCAGUGCCGCUUGCCAGUUCAGUAGAUCUUGACCUGAUUUCUGUGCUUCAUUAGCAACAUAUGAACACGGGAUUUGGACUUGGUUUGUAUGAUGCAAAAUUCUGCAUGCUAUGGGUGGCUUUCGAUCCUGUUGGAGGGUAGGGUUGGAGUCCCUCGCAGCUCCAUAUCAGAGGGGCUUUUUUUCUUUCUCCUUUGCAGAUCCCAGAGGUUAUCAAGUUCUGCUGCGACUUCCUCAUGUCCUGGGUGGACGAGGAGAACGUCUUGGAUGUGUACAAGCUGGCCGACCUUUUCCACCUGAGCCACCUGAGCGAGCAGCUGGACUCCUACGUUCUGAAAAACUUUGUCACUCUCUCCAGGACAGAAAUGUACCGCCAGCUUCCCCUGGAAAAGGUCUACGCCCUCCUCAGCAGCAACAACUUGGAGGUCAGCUCUGAGAAUGAGGUUUACGAGGGGGCCCUGCUGUACCAUUACACCCCGGAGCAAGUGGAAACAGAUCAGGUCUCCUUGAUGGAGCCCCCAAAGCUUCUGGAGACGGUCCGCUUCCCCUUGAUGGACUUUCCUGUCCUGCAGAGGCUUCACAACAAGCUCAGCCCGUGCCCUUUGAAGGAGACAGUGGCGAGUGCUCUGAUGUACCACAAGAACGAGUGCCUGCAGCCCAUGAUGCAGAGCCCCCACACUCAGCUGAGGUCUGAAUUUUGCUGUGUGGUGGGCUUUGGGGGGAUCCACUCCACCCCUUCCACAGUCGUCAGCGACCAGGCCAGGUAUCUGAACCCGCUGCUGGGAGAGUGGAGGCACUUCACAGCAGCCUUGUCCCCCAGGAUGUCUAACCAGGGAAUUGCAGUCCUCAACAACUUUGUCUACUUGGUUGGGGGAGAUAACAACAUCCAUGGCUUCCGAGCAGAAAACAGGUGUUGGAGGUAAGAGCCGCUCUUUGUGAUACUACCUUUCUAAGUGACUGGCAAGUGGUGUUGUCCCAUUAGGUUUCAGUCCUCAACACCCUUAAGCACUGAACAUGGCGAGACAUGCAUCAGAUUGCCCUGUUAAUCAGAAAGCUGCUUUCUUGCCACCCUCAGAGAAGUGGAACAACCCAAGCAACUUCCUGGUCCCUCAUAUAGGGCAUUGACAAAGAAUAAAACCACGCCUGGCUGGGUGUGAAGGGAGGUGUUUUUAUUUAUCUCCUUUUCUGACGCUAUCCGAAAAUGCCCCCUCAAUGUUUUCUGAGCUCUGUAAACAAGGUGCUCCAUGCCUCAGUCUUACUGUGAUUUAUUGUUGCCUCAGGCUCCUGGCUGCCUCCUUCCAGCUCAGAGCGCAUUGAGGGCAUGAAACAUGAGAUGGCUGAUAUGAAGCAGCUCAAAGAUAGUGCCCAGUGAGCUUUUGACAGCUGUAGAGUGACUGGACUGAUUAAAUCUCUCUCUCUCUUUCCCUCUCCUUCUCUCUCUCUCUCUCUCUCUCUCUCUCUCUCUCUCUCUGACAGUCCUUGUAUCUGUAAAGCAGGGAUAAUUUUAUCUGCAUGCACAGGACAUACUAACCCCUGAAAUUAUAUUGCUGCCUAUUAAAUGUAACAAAGACUGAACUAUUUUGGUAGCAUGACAAUGGCAAAAAAUGGAACUAUGUCCACUUACUAUCUACAGGCAUUGAGAGGGGAGCAUGUCAGAAAAUGCACACAAACAUACAUGCAUUUUGGAACAGUGUUGUUCCAUCAUAUUUUCAUAUCGGGGUUGAGAUGGGGAAAUUGUUCCCCUUGAGCGAAUAUUAAUCUGGAAAGGGAUUAAUCUCUCAAUUAAAACUGAGAAGAUCACACAGUGAGUGCAUCUACCCUAGUGCUGUGCUCUUUUCUCACAAAGCAGAGCUAGGAUGGCUAUAGUCAGACAUAUGUGCUUCAAAGACUGGUGGUUUUCUCUUUGAAAAGCCUGGCAAGAGCAAUAGAGGGAGUGGCUGGUGGGAGGACAGGCAAAUGCACUUGGAAGCAAUGGGAUGCAGGGAGAUAAAUGGGUGGCAGGAACAGCAGUUAGAGCCCGUGGGCACCAUCCAUCCCUAGCACUUGUGCUAGGAGAGCUGUGCAGAUUGACCAUCCUCUUCCUUUGCAAGGUACGACCCACGCCACAACCGGUGGUUCCAGAUCCAGUCUCUCCAGCGAGAGCAUGCAGACCUCUGCGUCUGUGUGGUGGGAGAAUACAUCUACGCUGUGGGAGGACGGGACUACCAUGAAGAACUGCGGGAAGUGGAAAGAUAUGACCCCAAAACCAACACCUGGGAAUACGUGGCCCCUCUCAGGAAGGAGGUAAGGAGAGGAGUAGGCAGGAGUUGGGCAAGUGGCCAGGGAAAGCAGGAGCUUUUCCAACAUCACAGGGACACCUGGGAGAUCCGAAGCAUGGCGCCGGCUAGGCUGAACCCUUGAGUGGGCCAGCAACCACCAGUGAGGUUUGGGCUGGUGGGUUUUCCAUAAAUUUUGCUGAUGCCAUAACUGGGGGUGCAGGGGGCAAUGCUUGUGGGCUUUCCCAUUAGGGCAUCUCAUUGGCCACAGUGAGAACAGGAUGCUGGACCGGAUGGGCCAUUGGCCUGAUCCAGCCAAACUGUUGUUAUGAUCAGCAUUCACUUUCCUAAACAUUGUACUUUGAGGAGGUGGGGAGUAGCGUCUGGCCCUUGGGGUUGCAGAAAUGUGGAAAUAAGUGAUAGUCGAGGUACAGAGCAAAGUUGGGGUUGAUGGGGAAUUUCGGAGAAUAAGGAAGGCUACGCGGUUAUUAACGGUACAGAAAUUUGACAGCAGAAUUUAGUGCAGAAUUUACAGGAUAUCACAAGUGUUGGGGCAGGCGGUGGACAGGGUGUUGUGAAGGUUUCUGCAUCACCUGACAAAUGAAAAGGGUUAUGGUAUGUGCUCAAAGCGACUUCCUGGGAGCAGUGCCCAAGCUUCAUUUUGGUGUUUGAUCCAAGGCAGACAUAAAAGAAGAACGAUCACCUGUUGCCCUGACCCACCGGCCCAAAGGUGGGCUCAUGGGAGUGGUUUGGCACAGGGAUGGAUACCAAAGGAGGAUGUCGAAAACGCCAGAGUGAUCAGUUCUAGUGCAUUAUUGUAAGAAAGAGCAUGCUCCUUUGGAGAGGGAGGUGGAUAAUUGGAAGAGGGGCGAGGGGAGGGGUGAUUUACACCAGAAAGCCAGGUUUGAGCCAUCAGUCAUUUGGAAGUCAAGCUCUGAGAAUUGCCUCCAAUUCCAGUCCUGGGAAUUUCGGCUAAAUAUCUCCACAUGGCCUCAUUUGCUGAGGGUGGAGGUGGAUGGGUAAGCUUUGCUGGCAGCACCUGACUCCUCCCUCUCUUCUGUUGACGCAGGUUUAUGCCCACGCCGGAGCUGAGUUGGACGGACGGAUGUACAUCACUUGCGGGAGGCGAGGCGAGGACUACCUGAAGGAGCUGCACUGCUAUGACCCUGUAGAUAAUCGCUGGGACAGCCUGGCUGACGGCCCUGUCCGGAGGGCCUGGCAUGGGAUGGCAGCCCUGCUGGGCAGGCUGUACGUGAUUGGAGGGAGUAACAACGACUCUGGCUACAGGCGGGACGUUCACCAGGUGAGGAGGCAGCUGCGCUCUGCCCAGGGGCUGUAUCCAACGCAGAGUAGGUCCACGGCAAUAUAGAGACUGGAUUCAGUGGGCCUCCUCUCAGUAUGACUUAGCUGGUGACAAGCCAUGAACACCCAGGGCUGGUUUUGUUCUGUCUGCCUCACUGUUAACUUAAAACACCAGAAGGUUUGGUAGCCUCUCCUCCAACUUCUGUGGGGCUGUUGCAGGGGGAGAGGAGCUGCAAGCCCUUGCUAGGACUCCCUGGUGGGGGGGACUUGUUCUCCAUCAUGACCAGAGACGACCUGUUGCUUUUGCCUCCCUCCCAGGUGGCCUGCUAUUCCCCCAGCACCGCUCAGUGGACCACUGUGUGCCCUUUGCCUGCAGGGCAUGGCGAACCCGGCAUUGCCGUCCUGGAUCACAUGAUCUACGUUUUAGGAGGCAGAUCCCACAACCGGGGGAUUCGCAUGCAUUACGUCCACAUUUAUGAUGCUGACAGAGACUGCUGGGAGAGAGGCCCCCGGCUAGAGGACAACAUCUCUGGGAUGGCCGCCUGUGUCCUCACCCUGCCCAGGGCCGUUAUCACGAAUGCCGAGAGGUGGACCCCUGAACGGCAGCAAAACAGGCUCCAGAACCACCCAGACAUUUCUUCAGAGGUCAUGAGCAUGUUAGAUUGGGAGGAAUUUGACCAUCUGAGUGACAACUGAGCAGCACUUGAGGCUCCAGCUGCCGCAAGGGAAUGGCAUGCAAGCCUCUUUGCUUUCUGCUUCUUCUUCCUCGCAGCUGAGCUGGGUGGUGUGGUUCUCCUGAUUUUGGAGGAGCUCCUUAGCCCCACUGAUGGUGUGGGAGGAGGCAACCUGGUCCCCUCAUCAGGCCUUGUUAGACUGCUGCCAACGAGGCCAGAAGCCAGCCAUUGCAAAAGGGGGGCCUGGAUUUCUGGCAGGUGUCACUCCCAACGUGCAGCAUGGGCACUUUGCUUUGGAGGGAGGCUGGGUCAUAUGGUGUCCCCACACCCAUGAACCACUGGAAGGCUUUUAGGAACAACUGGGUGGAUCUUUGGUAGCAGCCAAUCCAUGUUUUUAAUAUGUGGUGACUUUCCGUAUUCUAAGAUAGGGUUACUAGAUGUCCCCAUAUCCCAGGGACAGUCCCCAGAUUUGCACAUUUGUCCCCAGACAAAUUCCAUCCCCAGAACGUACCCGGAUUUCAUCUAAUGUCCCCGGGAAACUUAGCAGCAGCAGCAGUCUCAGCAGCCCGGAGCCAGCCUGGUAGCGCAGUUGGCUCUGUCUGGCUUCAGGAGCUGCCCGCUGCCGUGGCGCCCACCAUUUUGCCUCGCUGGAAGGCCCCAUAUGAUCUGUUGCGCACAAGACACAUCAUAUGGGGACUCGGUGUAGGGGCUGCAGAUGUGGUGGUGGGCGCCACCGCCAGGUGAGAGCUGCACAGGGCCGUUGAGCUCGGUGCGCCACUGCAACUUGGCGCUCAGCUCGCCGUCGGCACCGCUGCCCAAGGCCGCCGGUUCCGGCUCGGCCUCCAGGUGGUGCUUGGGCGGCUGCGGCUGCUGCUCGGCUUCGCCAUUGUGCUCCUUGACUUGCAAGCGGUGGCUCAGCUUGUUGGCCAGCUCAUUGUUGGCCAUCGCGGGCGAGAGGUGAGCAGGCCCAAGCAUGCCUUCUCCCACUCACUCCCCUCCGGCUCUGCCCCAGACCCCCUGACUGGGCGCUCCACAGCGCAGGUGGGCGGCCGCCAGACAAUGCCUGCGCAGGAGACACCCAGACAGGCGGGCAGGGCAGCAGCAGAAGGAGGGGGGUUCUGCUAACGCUUACUCCUGAGUAAGCUUGUGGGGAAUCACAGUGCAAGGAGGGGGAGGGAGGGGGGAAGCAUGGCUAGUUCUCCAAGAAAGGCCAGGACCCAGAAGAAGGCCACACAACAGAGGAGACCACAGAAGAGAAAAUAUUACUUCUUUAUUUUUUUUAAUAACCUUUAUUUUAUUUUUAUUGAUUAAUUGAUUGGUUGAUUGUGUCCCCAUAUUCAUUGCAAUAAAUCUGGUAACCUUAUUCUAAGAGGCCUUCAACGAUUUUUCCAGCAGAGCAAAUGCAACCAGCGGUCAUAUUUUUCUAUUGGAAGAGGGGCCUUCUGCCUGCCCCCCCGCCCCCCCCGAAGCAAAACCUUCAUUUUGCUGCUCAGCUAGUUCAGCUCUUCCCCGAGCAUCAAAUGUACCGCAUGAAACAGUUUCAUUCUAGUAGCUGCAAAAGCCAAAUAACUCGGCAAAGAGGCAGAGGUCUCCCCCACCACGCCAUUGCUUCUCUUUUGGUGGGGGUUGCUGCCUGUCCUGCCAGCUGUACUUCCCGCUGAUGUCCAUGACUGCAGAGGGAAGUAGCUAGUUGUAAUAGGCGGAAAGAGGUCUCCGGUAUUCUGUUAGCGUUUUUGGUACAUUUAUACAAAAAGGUUUGUAUGUUACAGUAUUUCUAGUGACAGCUUCUCUAGCCCAGGCGAAAACACUGUUGUGCGUUAGGAUUGGGGGGGGGGGGGAGAGAUAACACCCUCCCCACAAAGUAUGAUAAGGUGAGAUAUUACGGCAGUGAAGACCAGGGAUUCUGAAAUGCCCAAAGAAUAAAGAGGGGAUGGGGAGAAAAUGGAGCAACCAUCUCAAUUCUUUCUAUAUGCCAUCCCCUACCCAAUCCAUUUUGAGCAGCAUUGUUGAUUUUUCAGUUUUAUCUGUUUCUUGUUGUUUUCACCUCCUCCCCAAAAGGAGGGGCCUCUGGUGUCCUGGGCAGCAGCUAAGCAUGUUUGGCUUGCAGACAGACAGACAGGCUUCUGUCCCUGCCAGCUGUUCCUCCUCUGGCUUGGCCCGGGAAGUAGAAACUUCCACCACCUCUGUAGCACCUCUGGAUUUCAUGCAAGGAAGUUUGAGCCACUUGCCCUUUCUGGAGAGCCAUUUCCCUGUAGAAUGCACCCCCCAAUUCACUCCCUGUACCUACCCACUUGUGGGUAGGCGUGCCUGUCUGGUGUUCAAGCAUCAAGCUGGAGUGCCUGUCCACAAGUGGAUUAUCAUUUUGCUUUGCCCCUGGCAAAUUCUCUGUCGCAGAGCAGAUCAGCGAUGACAAUACAAACACCUCAGGGGCAGAAGACAAUGAAAUGAAACCAGCCACAGAAGCAGAUGGGCUCUGAGGCAGGCGUGCCCGCAUAGCUGGUGGAUGGGCUGAAAGCUGUCUUUGGGCAGGAUGUUUUGCAACAGCUUAAAAAUAGCUGUGACUGAAAUGAAUGAGGCUCCCUGCCAGGAGUCAGUUAUGUAAAAAUUCUUAGCUGUUACGUGUGUGUGUGUUUAUUUAUUUAUUUAUGUAUACAUAUAAAACCCAGAAGUUCCCAAUAACAUUGUCAUGUUUAAUUGC